CCGGAAACACGAGGACCGACACCGGCAGCAAUGCUGAGACUGAGAGCGGGGAGACUGAGCGUCACCGGGGGCAGCGGGCUGCUGGGGGGCACCACGGGACUGGAUCCUGCUCCCUUCUUCUUGUUUGAUUGCAGUUUGUUGGAGAAACCAGCCCCGAUGCCAGGACAGGACUCCUCUGAAGCAGUUUCAGAUCAGAUUCUUGCAGCCGCGUUCUCCCCGUCCGGAGAAUUCUUUGCUGUGACUGAUGACCGUAAGAGGCUAGUUUUGUUCCAAACCCAGCCAGCCUGGGAGAAGGUGAGCGUGAGGUCGGUUUCAAGGCGCUGUACGGCGCUCACUUUCUCAGCCUGUGAGAGACAUAUCCUGGCUGCAGAUAAAUCUGGGGAUGUUUUCUCAUUUUCUGUGAUCCGAGCACAAGAGGAGGGACGUCUAGAGCUGGGACAUUUAUCCAUGUUAUUAGAUGUGGCUAUGAGUCCGGAUGGCAAACAUAUCAUCACUUGUGACCGCGAUGAGAAAAUCCGUGUCAGCCUCUGGGACUCUCCCCAUGUGAUCAGCACCUUCUGCCUGGGACACACCGAGUUUGUCUCACAACUUUUGGUUCUUCCUGGGGCUCAGAAGCUGCUUCUGUCUGGAUCUGGGGAUGGAUUUCUGCGACUUUGGGAGUAUGAUGCUGGGGUCGAGAUUCACAACUGGAACUUAAGUCGGUCUGCGGAGUCUGAAGGAAGCCAGAGAUUUGCCAUUUCCAGAAUGGCUUGUUGCACGCGAGGGCGCACUGUGGCGGUCCUGUGUGAAGGCAUUCCUGGUAUAUACCUGUUCUCUGUUUCUGCUGCCCCGCGCCUGGUACACACGCAGUAUUUAUCUCUCUCGUCCACCCCCUUGGAUUUGGAUUUUGAUGACUCUGCCUCUCUUUGGGUGUUAAGCAGUGACGCAAACAAGCCUCUCGUGCAGUACAGACAGACCGACCUUCACUGGCAGCCUGUACAAGAAAAUGGCUCCUUUCAGAGUUUUUCAGAGGCCAUAAGAAAAAACUGGGACCUUCUGCAAGGAUCUGCGACCCCUGAAAAUCGUUUCAAGGGUUUGUAUAAAGUGAUGUGUGAUAAUAUGGCUUCUUAUCUACGCAAGAAAGAAGCACGGCUUGAAACGGAAAAACGCAAGACCACUUCCGAUCAUCCAGAUCUGGCCAGUAAACUGCGUAAAACUGAACGGUAGUUUUAAAGUGAUUCUCAGCGUGAUGGCACCGGACUCCAGUACAGAGGAAGUCGGUCAGGAUUCUUUGAAUGUUUAUCAUUUCUAAUUGUUUUUAAUGACCAGAGAAUGGCUCUAGUAAGAAGACUGGGAAUGUUCUUCAAUGAGGACAGUGGUGGAAUCUGCUUAUUGUAAAUAGUGCCUGGAUUUAUCAUGUUAUGGAAUAUCUGCAUUUUGUGUGUUUCUCAGUAAAUUGUCACUUUUUGGGCUGAGAGCCCUUUA